AUGUGCCGAGAUUUCGUUGAUUUCAACAGGGUCAAUCUUCAACACUACAUCUGGAAGGACAUUUUUGGAUAUAGUCUUCAUCCUAAGAUUCCACGAGAUGGAAAGUCAUUGAAGAUCGCAUAUGUUGGCACGGGGACUGGCAUCUGGCUUCUUGAUCUAGCACCACAGCUGGACGAAUCUGCGGAGCUCUUUGGCCUCGACGUAGACGUUACGCAAGCUGGGCCUAAGGAAUGGUUGCCUAAUAACUUCUCACUUCGAAAAUGGGGUGUAUUCGCUGAAGUACCAGACGACCUUGUAGCCCCGUUCGACAUUGUGCACUUGCGUUUCUUCGCUUUUGUCAUUGAGGAUGACCCAACUCCCGUAGUGGGAAACCUCAUCAAAUUAUUAAAACCAGGGGGGUAUAUACAAUGGGGCGAUAUCGACGCCCAAUCCAUGCAGCUUCUGACUAGCUUGCCCGAUAUUCCUGCGGAUAAGCUAGCUGCUCUUUGGAAAGCGACCAUUCCUAUAGACAGUAGGGUAUUCCCUGGGUGGUGCAGAGAUUUAGCGCAGAUCUUUCAAAGUCAUGGCUUACAAGAGGUCGAGGCAGAUUGGCAGAUAGGAAAACGCCAGUCAUCCAUGGCAAUGCACUGGUGUAACCUAUCUGUACACGAGAUGAUCGGCGGCAGGUUGCGACUGAAAAACCCCCAAAGGGCAUCAGAGAUUGCUGCUUUAGUGCAAGCCGCUGCCGUACAAACACAAAAAGGGGCCAUGUUUAUGUACGAUAGGGUGAAUGUGCUUGGUCGGAAGCCGAAGGCAUAA